UUAGCCGCCAUCAUUGAAGUCGCCAUUUUGCAGGCGAUACACAAUGUGUUGUUUCAAGUGCUCAGUGGUAUAUUUCGUACAAAAGUGUUAAUUUAUCAUAAUUUGAUAUAUUAUCAAACCUAUAAUUAGGUAUUGAAGGAUUCACGAUGGAACCAUCCUUGGAUGCGUCAUUAGUGGCGCAAUCCAUAAACUACCAUGGGCAGCAGUUACAAAAAACGUGGGAGAAUGAGCGAGGAGAAGAUGACCUCGCUAAGUUAGGUGUGGGGGCGUUAGAUUUCGCCGUAUAUCAGUCGCGACAUAAGCACCUAACUUUUCAAGAUCGAGGAAAGCGACUAAAACUUCAUCAAUUCAUUGCCAAAGAAGCUAAUGCUCUGUUCGAUGCAUCGUUACUGGAAGAGGUACCAUCAUCCUCCAGUUUAGGAGCCGAUUCUUUGACACCAGAGGACAAUUUGUAUGCAUUAAUGCCACCGUUUGAAACAUUCCUAAAUGUGGACAAGUCCGCAAGAUUACGCCAUUUCUUUGAUAAUGUGAAAACAGGAGAGCUUAUCAUUGGAGCAGUCAUCAAUAGGACAGCAUCUGGUAUGAUGCUGAAAGUUCUCUGCACCGCAGGACCCACUUCGAGAUAUGUAGCUGAUAUCAAUGUUAAGGCAUUUCUGCCAGUUGCCAAUAUCAUACCAGCGGUUGACAAGAAAAAUGUCUCAAGAAACUACUUAAUGAAUGAUACUGUCUGCUGUGAAGUCAUUGAAGUUAUUCCUGACACGGACAAAAUGGUGUGCGGCAUGAAAGGUGUCACAAGAGGGCCUGAUGACCCUCCCCCCAAACCGCCCCUAGGCCUCCUCAGCACUGAUGACUUCCCUCUUAUAUACAAGAAAACUAUGGAAAUGAAGGGUGAAAGCUAUGAAGCAAUAUUAGAGAAGAGUCCAGGCUUCAAUAACCCCAACUGUAUACAAUAUCUGUCAGAACUUCUUGGAAUCUCCAACAUGCACUGCACAAACUUCAUGUCUUUGAGAGGCGGCUUUCCUACGACUGAAUAUGCGGAUGAAUUAAGACAAGCUCAAGCAAGUAAAUGGGCAUUCAGAUCAGUUGCUGAAGGAAUAGAACAUUUCAAGGCUGGAAGACAUUCUGAAGCAUUCCAAUGUCUCAAUAAGGCAUUAAGUAUUGAUCCCAGAAAUGUAGAAGGUCUAGUUGCAAGAGGAGCUCUGUAUGCCAACAGCGGAACAUUUAAAAAAGCUAUUGAAGACUUUGAAACUUCAUUAAAAUUGAAUCCAAAUCAUGCCAAUGCCAGAAAAUAUUUGGGAGAGACUUUAGUUGCUCUAGGAAGAAGUUAUGAAGAUGAAAAUAAAAUUGCAGAGGCACAGAAAGCUUACGAAGACUGUUUAGCCAUCAUACCUUUUCAUGAGGAAGCUCAGAAUUCACUUGAUUUCCUUAAAAGUAAAACGUCCACUACAAAACCAUUGAUAGAGCCUGAAGAAUUGCUUUUGCCUGGAUUGACGGGAGCAAAGUCGUUUGAAAUGAAGGAGACAUUAAAACAAUUGUUGAAUUUAACUGAAAAGAAAGAGAAGAAGAAAAAGAAGAAGCGAGGCAAGGGUAAGAAGAAACGGUCCAGCAGUUCGUCGUCGUCUUCGAGCGAUUCGAGCAGCUCUAGUGAUUCUUCAGAAUCGUCGUCGUCAUCGUCGGAUACUAGUGAUUCCGAAGGUCCGAACCGCAAGAAGAAGCGUCGCUCGCAGUCGAACAACAAGCGGCAGCGGUCGCUGUCGCCUCUCAGCAAGCGCAUGGCGAUGCUGGGCGAUGGGGACUCUGCGUCGCGGACACACAACUCGCAGUUCAACCAUCCGUAUGGGUACCAGCCACCCCCACCACCGAUAGAAGAGCCAGCUGCUGCUCCUAUGAGAUCGCAGGCCGAUAUUGAUUAUGAACUAAAGGUUCGCAAGUUCCUUGAAAUGACCAAAGAAGAUUCAGAUUACGAAGAGAAGGUGCGUAACUUCUUAGAGGAAACGGCACAAUAUAAGCGGAAUCGUAAAAUGCAAGAGCUUGGACAGCAACCCCAGCCCACUGCUGACCAUGAAAAGAAGAAAAAGAAAAAGAAGGACAAGAAAAAGAAGAAAGAGUCUAAGCGGAAACGCAAGGAGCAAGAAAGAGAUGAAAAGAGAAAGGCGAAAUUAUCGCGCAUGUCGAAUAAUUCAGAUAAUUAUAGUUUACGGGAAUUGGAAAAUAUCGGUGAUAAGAAAUUAAGAGAUGCCAUUAGGAAAGAAUUAAAAGGAAAAUCAAAGAGGGAUCUAAGUUCUGAUAGAGAAUAUGACAGAAAACAUGGUAAUAAAAGUCGUAUUAUGGAUGACAUGCACGGUUUGGAAGAACUGGAGUCGAAACUAAACGCCUACCAUUCGAUGGUCGAAAAGGAAGUACUGGGGAAACGAGAUAGAUCGUCAAUAAGUCCCUUAGACCAAGCACCACCACCACCAUUAGAGAAACCCAAAUGGAAAAUGACCAUGGGAGCAGUUAAAGAACCGGUUAAGAAAAAAGAUACACCAGUACAAAAGGGAUACAAGGAGAGAUAUGCAUUUGAAGAUAGUUCUGAUGAUUCUCAAGAACCACCAAAGGCGUCCCCGGGCGACAAGAACGUGUCGGUGCGGCGCGCGAUGGCGAUGAAGGAGCCGCCGCCGCUGCCGAGCGCGCCGCCGCCCAAGAGCCGCGAGCCCGACCCGCCCGGCGUCGACACGCCGCACUCGGCGCACCACUCGCACCAUCCGCCGAUGGUCCGCAAAGGCAACAUAGUGCUGGACAAGUUUGGCUCGUUCCGGCUCGCCAAGGAGGGUGAGACACCGGUCUCAGUGGGCGAGCAGCGGCCGGAGCAGUUUGUGACGCGCAUCAAGCCGCCCUCGCCCACGUCGCGUCGCCCGAGAUCACCGCCCUCACCGCGCCGCCGCAGCGGAUCCAACUCGUCGGACGAUAGACGGUCAGGGAAACGGUCUCGCAGCCGAUCACGUCCGCGCAAGUACCGCUCGCGUUCCGGCUCGCGCUCCCGCUCCGGCUCCAGCGCGAGCGGCUCGAUGGCGUCGCGCCGCCGCCGCUCCAACUCGCCGCGCUCCCGCUCGCGCUCUGACGCGAGCCGCUCGUACUAUUCGAGGAGCCGAUCCCGCUCGCGCUCUGGCUCCAGGGAAAGAUUCCGCCGCUUCAACCGUCGCGGCAACUGGCGCGGUCGCGGCGGCUACGAGCGCGGCACGUACUACCGGCCGCGCUUCAACGCGUACAACGGCGGCGGCCGCGGGCGUGGUCGCGGGGACUUUAGGCGUGAUGACGGACGCCGGUUCCAACAUGAGUGGCGGGAUAAUAGAUCAAGGGGUGGACGACCCUUCAGACCAAGACGUGGUGGAGGCGGACGUGGCAGACCAUUCAGGGGUGGUUUCCGCGACUUCCGCGAGCGUCGCGGCGGGCGCUACUCGCGCUCGCGCAGCCCGGAGCGCACGCGUCGCUCGCGGUCGUACAGCCCCGAGCGCAGGGAUAAGGACAGAGACAGCUACUCUCGCUACUCUGAACGGGACAGCCACCGCAGCGAAGGCGAGUACGAAGAAGAGAGAUACGUGGACAGGAAGGAGUACGACGGAAAGUGGGCAGAUGGCAACGAGCCUGAAAGGAAUCACACCGAAGAGCAACCCGAACCACCCCCGCCAAAGGAAUAGAUAUAUAGCGCUCUAAACAAUAUACUGACAGUAUAAACUAUAGGCUGAUGGUUAAGCGAUUAAUAAAAUUGUAACGGUUUAGAUGUUCUCUGUAUUUAGAACACUAAUUGCUUUACUAAGCACAUUUGCCUUUAGAAUAGUAAGAUUCAUUUAGCCAUACAUAUUAUGUAAAUAUAAAAGGUAUUAUAAUACAAUUUGUCGCUUGAAUAAUAUUUUAACGGUUUGUGACAAGUUUGGCCUUUUGAUAAUUCACUACAAAUGUCGCCAACAAAAUGUUUGUUCAUUCCAAUCGAAAUUUUAAAUAUGUAUUGUGGUUUUCAAGCACAUGAAUUUAAUAAAUAUUUAAAAAGUAAA